GCACCACCCCACUACCCACAAAGUAGACUUUUAUCUCCUUGUUAUCUUAGAUAGGGUUCCGGUAGAAAGCAUAUAUUAUAUAAAUCUUUGCUAUUAUGCUUGUUUCUGUCAAGAUCACAAAUCACAAGAUGAGUUCGCAAAAAGUUGCCGUGGUAACUGGUGGAAAUAAAGGAAUAGGACUUGGUAUUGUCAGGGGCCUCUGUAACAGAUUUGAUGGCAUUGUUUACCUGACAGCUCGAGAUGAAGAAAGAGGUAAAGCGGCUGUAGCUCAGCUAGAAAAAGAAAAUAAGAAAGCAGUGUUUCACCAACUGGAUAUUACUAGCCAAGCCAGUGUAGAUAAAUUAAGGGAUUUUAUUAAAACAAAACAUGGAGGUUUGGAUCUGCUAAUCAAUAAUGCAGGAGUUUCCUUUAGUACAGAUGCUCCAGAAUCUAUAUCUGUUCAAGCAUCAAAAACUAUAGAAGGCAAUUACUUUGGAACCUUAAAAGUUUGUGAAGCUUUGUUUCCUUUGUUGAGGAAAAACGGAAGAGUUGUAAAUCUUUCUAGCGCUGAAGGACAUCUGUCGAAAAUACCAACAGAGAAACUCAGAAAUGAAUUUGCGAGAAAAGAUUUAACCAUACCCGAACUCAGUAAAUUACUUGAAAAGUUUGUAAAAGCUACAGAAAAUAACACACACGUAGAAGACGGUUGGGGAGGAGCUACCGUGUACGCUGUUUCUAAAGUGGGUGUAUCAGCACUGACCGUUAUCCAGCAGAGACUCUUCGACAAAGAAAAGCCCAAUCGUAAUAUUUCAAUCAACUCGGUUCAUCCAGGGUGGGUCAUAACUGACAUGACACGCCAUAAAGGUCUUUUAACUACCGAUGAAGGUGCCAGAAGUGCCUUAUUUGCUGCGUUGGAUGCUGAGGUGAAGGGGAAAUAUAUCUGGAGAGAUUGUACAGUAGUUGAUUGGUACAGCAACGAAAUGCCAAAUCCACCAUACUAAAUUCGUCACACAAUAAUAUUCAAUUAAUUUUUAUUAAAACAAAUUUUAUUAUUGCUUGCAAUUAAUAUCUUCUAAUAAAAAGAUAUUUUGAACAA